CUGGGCUGGGCUGGGUGUGGCACUCUCCCUGCCCACUUCUACAACCUGGGGCAGGAACAAAAGCCUGUGGGUGCCUCCAACCACAGCAGAGCUCAGAGAAUCUGCGGGAGCCAGGCUGACCCGCCAGCAUGGUAGAGUUUGCGCCCUUGUCUGUGCCGUGGGAGCGCAGGCUGCAGACCUUUGCUGUCCUACAGUGGGUCUUCUCCUUCUUGGCACUGGCUGAGAUCUGCAUUGCGGGCUUCAUAGCCCUCCUGUUUACAAGAUUCUGGCUCCUCAGUGUCCUGUACGCAGCCUGGUGGUACCUGGACCGAGACAAGCCGCGGCAGGGGGGUCGGCGCGUCCAGGCCGUCAGGUGCUGGACCAUGUGGAAGUACAUGAAGGACUAUUUCCCCAUCUCGCUGGUCAAGACUGCUGAGCUGGACCCCUCGAGGAACUACAUUGCGGGCUUCCACCCCCAUGGAGUCCUGGCAGCCGGAGCCUUUGCCAACCUGUGCACUGAGAGCACCGGCUUCUCUUCCAUCUUCCCCGGGAUCCACCCCCAUCUGAUGAUGCUGACCUUGUGGUUCCGGGUCCCCUUCUUCAGAGAUUACAUCAUGUCCGGAGGGUUGGUCACAUCAGAAAAGGAGAGCGCUGCUCACAUUCUGAGCAGGAAGGGUGGUGGAAACUUGCUGGGCAUCAUUGUAGGGGGUGCCCAGGAGGCCCUAGAUGCCAGGCCUGGAUCCUUCAAGCUGUUACUGCGGAACCGGAAGGGCUUCAUCAGGCUCGCCCUGACACACGGGGCACCCCUGGUGCCAAUCUUCUCCUUCGGGGAGAAUGACCUAUUUGACCAGGUUCCAAAUUGUUCUGGCUCCUGGUUGCGCUGUAUCCAGAACCGGCUGCAGAAGAUCAUGGGCAUCUCCCUCCCACUCUUUCAUGGACGUGGUGUCUUCCAGUACAGUUUUGGUUUAAUACCCUACCGCCGGCCCAUCACCACUGUGGUGGGGAAGCCCAUCGAGGUACAGAAGACGCUGCAUCCCUCGGAGGAGGAGGUGAAUCAGCUGCACCAGCGCUAUAUCAAAGAGCUGUGCAACCUCUUCGAAGCCCACAAGCUUAAGUUCAACAUCCCUGCUGACCAACACUUGGAGUUCUGCUGAGCACCUCCAGCCAGAGGGCAGGGCCAACAUCAGGGAGCCCAGCAGGAGGUGCUGUGCUCUGAGAAGACAUCCUGGAGGUAUUUGUUGAACAGAUCUGCAGAGCCUUCCCAGACUCCUACAAAUCCAACCCAUGCCAGGCUGUGAGUCAUAGUGGGCAACUCAGAAGAGGAGAUCAGACUCUGGCACUGCAAUCUGCACUCCUGCUGCAAGACCUCUGCAAGCCUCCUGCUCCUUGGCUUCUGUCUGCUCAUCAGUAAAAUGGGAGAGAGGGCUGGAAAAGAAUGGUUUCUGAGGUCUCUGUUCUCUGUUGUAACGUCAUUCAAAUAUUAUAAAAGGAAAUGUAGGGGAAAAAAUAGAACAGCGAGGUUUUUAUUUCUCUGGCCUUGAGUAGCAGCACAAAAGAAGCCACAAGCUCCAGUCCCUUCUCCUACAAGCCCCAUCAUCCUGCACCUCAUCCUUCCCUCCCACCCUCAAAGUCUGCCCUCUGCCCUGAAUCAGCCCUCUUUUGCACCAGGUCCUCCCUCUCCAUGCUGGAGAGGAGGGGUGGCCAGUAAGCCCCUGCACUCACCCUAGGUAGCUUCAAGUUUCUGAGUUCUCUGGGUGAUGGAGUGGCAGCCAGAGGCACUCAGAAGGUGGGUAGGGAGGACUGUGCUCUGUUACCAACUGGCUGUAUGACUGUGGGCAGGCCUCUUUUCCCUCCCUCUGAGCCUCAGUUUCCCCAACUGACUCUGAAUCUCAGCUCUGACAUUACAUAGGCUGAGGGCUCCAUAGGGCGCCUCUUACUCAUCCUUUGUAACUUCAGCCCCUGACCUUGGCACAAAAAAGGGGGCUCCGUAAAUGUCAGUUCAAUAAAUGAAUUAUAUUUUAGCACACUUCUCUUUCUUUCUACCGCCAAUCAAGAGGGCUGGUCAAAGCCUCACCCUUGACCCCCAGCCUGGGCCUGGGGCCCCAUCUCACCUCCCCAGAAGCUAGAUGAGACUGGGCCAGAGAAGACCAUGCUGAUCAAUUCUUCCUGAUGUAGCAACCCUAAGCUUACCACCUCUGGCCCCAUUCUGCUGGGAGAGAAGUGGAGUCAAUUCGUUAAGACACAAGGCAAGCCAGCAGAGAAUGGAAACCAGAUGUGAGAUGUGCGCAUGUGUCUGCAGGGGUGUGGGGAUGUUGGGGGGUAAGAUGGGGACAGACUCCCUGACCAGAGCUCUAGAUUCCUGAGUUAGGGACAUGCAUCAGUAGGGAGAGGACAGAGGGUGGCUGGGUUGGACCAGGGCUUGUGACUCUCCCUCACCCUCUAGUGGGGAAACAGAGCAGAUCACAUCCAUAACCACAACAUGGGGGCACUUAGAGAAGUGUACACUUAGGUUUCAGUCCUGGCUCUGACUCUGCCCCUUUUCAGUGAUCCUGGGCAAGCCACAUCUCCAAACCUCGAUUUGUCAUUUGAGACAUAAAUAUUAUAGCAUCCACCUUCAGUUCGUGAGAUAACAAGCUAUUCCCUGUCCUAUGUGGAAUGAUGUGCAGUAUGUGUGUGAAUUAGAAGCCAGGUGACAAAGGU